CAAAGGAAUAAAAUCAACCGCAGCAAGCAUCGUAUGGCCCACACUGUCGGCUCAAGGAGCUUUGCUCAAGUGCAUGAAGAAGAGGUAAAUUCUUCUUUGAUUUCUAAACUUGAAAUGCCAUCAUUCUGCUUUAAUAUGAUUGUUACCAACUCAUUUGUAUUUACAUGGAAAAAGCGAGCAAAGAAUCUUGGUGGAGAGUCUCCUGAUCGGGCAACGUUAUUCAUAACGACUCAUCGGAAGAAAGAUGGGAGUGUUGUGAAUGAGGAGUUGACACAUGUUAUUGAAAUGAUCGAGGAGUUACGGGCAACUCAACUGCUGAGUUCUCUCAGAGUAGCAUUGCUCGAGACGAUCUCUUAUCCCAGAUAUUGGGACCAGAGCAUCCAAGUCGGGUCCGCAUGAUGGGGUUAGGUCCCACAGCUUCCACGUUAUGGGGCAUGAGAAAUACCAUUGCAGAACUCAGGAGGGAGACUAAUGAGUUGCGAUGACACAUGAAUGAGCGGGUAGAGCAAUUGGUGGAGGAGCAGAUGAAAGAACAGAUGGCUAAGCAUCUAAAGCAGAUGGAGCAACGGAUGACAGAGAGAAUAACAGAGCAGAUGGAGCAACGGAUGACAGAGCGAAUAACAGAGCAGAUGAUGGAAUGAAGGAGAGAUACUAUGAACUCAUUGGCUGCAACGGACCAAACUUUGGGCAAUGUACGGAAUGUAGAGGCUGACUCAGUAUCCACUCUUAGGGAUAGACCUGAGGCUGAGGGACCUCAGUCGAAGGUUCUAAAGAAUCAAUAGGUAGUUUUUUGCUGAGAUUCAUUUAUGUGUGAUCUUUUACAUAUAUAUUUAUGUUUUCUUACAUUUCAUGAGUUUUUUGUAGUUCACCAUCAUGGGUUUUGUGAUCCCUUUGUUUUUUGUAGUUCACCAUCAUUGAAUAGUUGGUCCUUUUU